AUGGAUCUUGCCAUAUCUGCAGUAACAGGUGAACUCGUGAGCCGAUUCAUCUCCUUACUAGCCCACAGGUACCACAAAAGCCGGGAAUCCUCAGAAGAGAAGCAGAUAGAGAGGCUUCAGCAGCUGCUCCCAAGAGCUCACAUGGUCGUCGAGGAGGCGGAUGGGCGAUACAUCACCAACUCCGGGAUGCUGGCACAGCUCAAGGUGCUCGCGGACGCCAUGUACCGAGGCUACUGGGCGUUGGGUGCGUCCAAAUAUAUGUCCCUUGAGCUUGAGGAGACUCCCAUGGAGGAGGAGGAGAAGGUUAGCAACUCAUCUGCUCUCAAACGUUUUCGCACAGUUCAUGGCAGGGCUAGAAACAAGAACAAGGCCUGGCACCUACUGGAGCUGCGAGGAGCAUCGGAAAUCUUGGAGAAUGUUCUUGCUAACAUGACAGAGUUUCUUGUGAUUUUGGGUGGGUGCGACCAUGUUAUGCCACGCAGACCAUACGAUGUGUAUCUUUACAACGACAACAUCAUGUUUGGACGCCACGCCGAGAAGCAAAAGCUCCUCAACUUCAUGCUGCUGCAGCAUGACUCUCCCACUAGUGAUGGGGAUUUGCCGGCUGUUCUUCCGAUCAUCGGUGGUCGUUUAGUCGGGAAGAGAACUCUGGUCGCCCAUGUAUGCAAGGAUGACAGGGUUCGUGCACACUUCUCUUCGAUUCUGCGCUUGAAUGGCGAUAUUUCCUUGUCUGGAAUCGCUGACCUUGGCAGCAGUCUCUUGUCAGGGAAGAAGAUUUUGAUAAUCGUUGAGCUUUACUCUGAUGUCAGCAAGGAGAACUGGGCCAAGUUCUAUUCAUCCGUUGCGAGCUUGGGUAGAGGAAGCAAGGUGAUCAUCCUAAGCCGGCAUAGAAACUCAGAGCUACUAGGAACCGUCAAGCCAAUUCUUCUCAGCGCCCUUUCAUACGAGGAGUUCAGCUACCUGUUCAAGACACUCGCAUUCGGCAGCGCGAGCCCAGCGGAACAUCCACGGCUAGCAAAGAUAGCGGACGAGUUCGCGGAGGAGUUGCAUUCCGAAUGGGACCUUAGCAAGACAAACAUGUUCGCGGACGUAUUGCAAAGGAAGCUGGAUUUCCGUUUCUGGUUGGGAAUGUUGAGCAGGCUCAGAAGAGUAGUCCGGAGGAAUGUGUCCUUGUUUGGGGAGCACCCGAGGUUGCUUAUCCGAACACCGCAUCAGUUGGAUUUCUCAGAUGUUGUGUUGUAUCCUGCUGCACCACUUGGCUUGGUAUGUUGCUGUAUUCCUGGCAGCAGCAGAACUGAAUUAGUUGCUGCGAGAAAGGAAUUGCCCAAGGUGGCGCUUGGGGAUUUGCUGAUUGCGCUCCAGAUGUGGCCCAAGAUAGUCCUUGGUUAG